AAGGUUGUAGUGAUUCAUUUCAUGGAAAUGUGGAAUCCUGAGUCCUUCUCAACCUUCUCAAUAACUGCUUAUACAAUUGAAUGGAGAAGUUUCUUCUGGCCAAGAUGUUGCUGAGGAAGAUAAGAUUUUGCUGCCUUCUCACAAAAUGAGAACGAAUGGACAGUCAAAAUAGUGAAGAAUGCAAAGAUGAUCCAGACAAUGAUGAGACUGAAACAUACAAAGAACCGAAACAUAUGGUUAACAAAACCCUGGCCAAUGCUCAAACGGCCGCCCUUGCCGCACGCGCCACCACCACCGCCGCCGCCACCACCGCCGCCGCCGCCGCCGCCAACGCCGCCAACGCCGCCGCCGCCGUCGGGGUCGCCUUCAGUUUUGCAGCGCGAGAUAAAAAAAAUCGUUUAAAAAAACGUGGUGGUGACGCGGGUGAAAGUACCGAUCACAGUGAUGAUGCUCGAGGUGUAUAUACUUAUCUCGUGGAUAGAAGAGGUGUUGUGACUGACGCUGGAAUGAGGUUGCUUGUACUUUUUCCUACCAAGUGCUGUCGAAUUCAUUUCAAGUGGGUCAUUACGCAUCGAGUGAAUGCAGAUCAAAACUGUUCUUGGAAGUUUUCCUGGAGAAAGAAACAGUGUAUUCGUUUACAGCUGCACUUAGCAAAUAUGGUGGCAGCAAUGGUGAUCGUAGCGGACAUUGUAGUAACCAAGGUUUGUACAUUUGUGCAUUAA